AAAUGCCAAGAGACUACGAGAGACGUCCCCGCUCAAGUUUGCACUACGGAUAUGGAGCUCGUAGUGUUACAUAUGAGCUUUCAAGGGAACAUUGGGAUGGCCACUACUAUCCUGAUUACUGCGGAAGAGAUGUGUAUGGAGAUCGGCAUGAAGACGAUGGAGAGGAGAGAGAUCGAUAUGGUCGGAGAAGACAUGGACUGAAUCAGAGCGAAGAAAGGUGGAGGCGUUGUUCACGUCCUAGGAGUCGUUCAAGUGAGAGGGAGACAGAGGCGGUGGUGUAUGUGGAAGAAAGACCAGCAGAACCGGAGACAGAGGAGGAGGCGGAGAUUAUGCGAACAAUGGGAUUUUGUCGAUUUAAUACAACGAAUGGGAAACUUGUAGUUGGUGAUAGGGUUUACGUAAGAAUGAAAGUAAAACAGUCGGAGUACCGUGAAUACAAUAUUUAGCCCCUUGGUAGCGAAUCGUCAUCAGAUUCUACACUACACAAUCUCAUUGCCCGAUUAAUAAUAAUCUUAUUGAUGAAUAUUAUUGGAGUUGGUCGAUGCAUUGACUGUAAGAAGUGAGCAACACAUUCAUUGUUUGUAAGUUGGCUGAGAGUAGGUUCAACAUAUGCCAUGAGACGCAGGAGUACUAGAACCAUCAGCUGACUUUCGAAAGGGUUCAUACAUAUGUACAUUUGUGCUGGUUGAACCGAAACCAAAAAGGCCAAACAAAGAGUGAUAUUGACAAUGGAACGAGAUGUUAUUGGCAUUUUUCGCACGCAUUACAAAGUGAGACGAUUGGGGUCUGUUGUAGGUGUGCCUAAUAAGGAGUACGAAAUAAUGUGGUCCGAUGGUGACUGUGACUAACUCCACUUCGUGACAACAUCAGUCAGUGUUCCAACUUAGAUGUUUCAAGUUUACAGUUUAGCCAACAUUUCCUAGAUAAACCGCGGAGGCGCUAGCGAUUCGUUAUACAACUUCGAACUGUGUGUGUGCAGAGAGGGUUUUGUUUGGCCUCUUUUUCUACCAUGGUCUUAAUCCCCUCACUACUUGUUCGCUUCAAACUAGUCACUAUCACAUGUUCCUUUUGCAUAAUUUCCUGAUUUUUUUCUCACUCUCUUAGC